AUGAUGGCCAGGGAUUCUGAAAACAAUGACAACCAAACUUAUAGAGCGCGCCAUUACUCUGUAAUACCUUUGGGUCCUCGAUCGGGACUGAUUAGUUGGGUAGAUAAUGUGACACCUUUGUUUGCGUUGUACAAACGUUGGCAAAACCGAGAAGCUGCUAUUUUAUCGGCUAAAACUAACAAGACUGUGAAUGUGUUACGACCAUCGGAGUUGUUCUACAACAAGCUAAAUCCUCUUUUGAAAGAAGCCGGCGUUUCAACGGAGAACAGAAAGGAAUGGCCUGUAUCGAUAUUGAAGCAAGUUCUGCAUGAGUUGUCGACGGAGACUCCGCGCGACUUGCUCUGGAGAGAGCUGUGGUGCAGCAGUGUGAGCCCUGAGCAGUGGUGGCAGAUGACGCGUCGGUACAGCUACUCAGUGGCCGUGAUGAGUAUGAUAGGCUAUAUAAUCGGACUAGGUGACAGGCACUUGGACAAUGUUUUAGUGGAUCUUACUUCUGGUGAGGUGGUGCAUAUAGACUAUAACGUGUGCUUCGAGAAGGGCAAGACGCUGCGGGUGCCAGAGAAGGUGCCGUUCAGGAUGACACCCAACUUGGUGACUGCGCUCGGCGUGACUGGAGUCGAGUCACUAAGGUUGAAAUGUUGCAUCUAA